AUUCUUAAAAUCCUGCUUGCGGACGACAGACUUGACUUAUCCUGGCAGGAUGGCUGUGGCCAUACACCCCUUAUUUACAGCAUUUCAAAGGGCCAGAAAGCUAUGACAAAGCUGCUCUUAGGCCACUCAAGGCUAUACAUGGAUAAUCUGGAUCCAGCUAAUCAGAUAGCACUGUGGCACAUGGUGCAACAAGGCAAUGAAGACCUUGCCUAA